CACUAAAGCGGAUGACUGCUGUUUCCUUGGUGAAGAAAAACCCCUUCUCAACAUCUAGCCAGGUCAAGAACACUCUGGAAGAGGAGCAGAUGAAGAAUCAUCUGUAUUCAGUAUCUGUGCAUUUUUUGGAGAUAUGAGCGCUGACCACUCUACAACAGACAUCAGCAGAGAGGAGAGGGGCACAAUCAAUUUCACAGAGAAGAAGAAGAAAAGGCACAAGUAGAUAAGGAACAGAGGGGGGAAGCAAAGAGUGGCCAGAGGAAGGGAGCAUCACAGUGGAGAGAGGAGACCGGCAGGAGGGAGUGGACCUAAUAAAUAAAAGGAGAGAAGACAAGAGGGACCAAAGACAUACGAGGCAAAAGCUGAGGCCCCCUGAAAGUGAAACAUAACCUCACACUUGCUCAGCACGAGUGUGUGUGAGGUUGCCCUCUGUGUGAAUUUUACUGUACGUGUGUCUGAGCAGGUGGGAGUUUGAUGGGACAGUGAGCAAUGCCUCACACGCAGCGACAGCAGGUUGGCAGUAGGGGGCAGUGCUCCUCCCGCCUCCUCCCCCUCCUCCUCCUCCUCCUUGCUGCCCAGCCCAGCCAAGCAGCCAUACACAUACCCUCCAACUUCAAGAGGCCUCCCGUGAUCACCACGCAGCCAGAGUCUGUCACUGUCUUUAGUGUUGAAGACCUCGUCAUGAGCUGUGAAGCCUCCGGCAACCCUGCGCCCAUUUUCCGAUGGACAAAGGAUGGAGAGGAGUUUAACCCAGGCAGUGACCCAGAGCUGAAGGUUUCAGAGCACACCGGCUCAUAUGUAUUCUACACACUCAGUAAUACUAUGGACACCCUGAAGCAGUACCAAGGCAAAUAUGUCUGCUACGCAUCCAACGAGCUGGGGACUGCCGUAUCUAAUGAGGCCAUACUCAGCACUGAUGUUCCCCCAACCCAGCAGAAAGAAAAAAAGGUUAAUGUGAAGUCUGAACAGGGAAGCAGUAUUGUUCUGAAGUGUAACCCCCCACAGAGCUCUAUGGAGCCUAUCAUUCACUGGAUGGACUGGAGCCUAACACAUAUCCAGCUCAGUCAGCGAGUGAUGGUGGGGAAGGAUGGCAACCUAUACUUUGCCCAUUUGACAAUCGAGGACAGCAGGGAUGACUACACCUGCAAUGUCCAGUACCUGGCAACACGCACCAUUCUUGCAAAGGAACCCAUCACUCUGACCGUCACCCCCUCCAACUCAGUAGUACGUAACAAGCGUCCCCAGAUGAUGAGACCUACUGGAAGUCACAGCACCUACCACGCCCUCAGGGGCCAGACCGUGGAGCUUGAGUGCAUCGUCCAAGGCCUUCCAACUCCUGACGUGUUGUGGCUGAGGAAAGAUGGCGAGCUGUCCAAAACUCGAACUACGAAAGAUAUGUCCGACCGCCGCCUACGCUUCACUAAUAUCUCCGAGAGUGACGGGGGCGAGUACCAGUGUAGAGCUAACAACUCCCAAGGAAAGAUCACACACACUUACACUGUGAUUGUGGAAGCUGCUCCCUACUGGACUAAGGAGCCAGUCAGUCAGUUGUAUGCACCAGGUGAGACUGUCAAACUAGACUGCCAGGCAGAUGGCAUCCCCUCUCCUACCAUCAGCUGGACCAUCAAUGGGAUUCCUCUCUCAGCAACCGAUGAGGACUUUAGACGCAUCGUGACAACAAGUGGAUCUCUAAUCAUAAAUGAUGUCAACUUUGGAGACACUGCCAUAUACCAGUGUCGGGCCUCCAACACGCAUGGAACCAUCCUCACCAACACCAACGUUUAUGUCAUUGAGCUGCCUCCACAGAUCCUUACUGAGGACAGGACUACAUACACAUUUACAGAGGGCCAGAAGGCCUUACUGGAGUGUGAGACCUUUGGUUCUCCUAAACCUAAAGUCAUAUGGGAGAGUGGCAGCGCCUCCUCACUUAUGGCAGAUCCCAGAGUUAACCCACUCACCAAUGGGGGUCUUGAGAUUUCUAAUGUCACCCAUGAAGAUGAGGGCUUGUACACCUGCUCUGUCCAGAACACCAACUUUUCAAUCAGUGCAGAUCUUGAAGUGCUCAACAGGACAGUGAUCCUGUCGCCACCUCAGGCUCUGAAGGUGCAACCUAGAAACACAGCAAUCUUCACCUGUCUGGCCCUAGUUGACCCCAAACUCGGCUCUCCACUCAUUCAGUGGAGAAAGAACAAUCAGAAGCUGUUUGAGUCCCACAGUGACGAAAAAUAUACAUUUGAAGGACCAGACCUAAUAAUAGCUAAUGUGGAACCAGAUGAUGAGGGUGUGUACACCUGUCAGGUCAUCACUAAGCUGGACAUGGCUGAAGCCAGUGGCACCCUCACUUUAUGUGAUCGUCCAGACCCUCCUGUCCUCCUCCAGAUCACUGAUCCUAAGCAUCGUGCAGUCACCCUCAGCUGGACUCCUGGAGACGACCACAACAGCGCUGUGCUAGAGUAUGUGGUUGAGUUUGAAGACCAAGGUUCGAAGGAGAUGGGUUGGAAAGAGGUAAAGAGAGUAGGAGGGAACAAGGAGCGUGCUAGCCUCCCUCUGUGGCCCUACAUGUCCUACCGUUUCCGGGUUAUUGCCAUCAAUGAUGUGGGCAAGAGCGACCCCAGCAAGCCAUCUGAAAUCCACAACACACCUGCAGAAGCUCCAGACAAUAACCCUGAAGAUAUUAGGAGUGAGUCCAUAGACCCAGACACUCUGGUCAUCACCUGGGAGGAAAUGGACAAACACAACUUCAAUGGACCUGACUUCAAGUACAGGGUGCUGUGGAGGCGAGUGGUGGGCAGUGGGCCCAACUGGCACAUGAACUACACAACUACACCACCAUUCAUUGUCAAUGAUGUUGGCAACUUUUCUGCCUUUGAGAUCAAAGUUCAGGCUGUCAAUGAGAAAGGGGAGGGACCUGAGCCAGACCCUGUCAUUGGGUACUCAGGAGAAGAUGUUCCAUUGGAGGCUCCAAUGGAUGUGGGUGUUGUACUAAUUAACAGCACUACCAUCAAAGUGACCUGGGCAGGAGUAGACAGAGAGAUGGUCAGAGGACACCUGCUGGGAUACAAGAUCUACUUGACCAGGACUGGUUCUAGGGGCCACCACAGAGGCCGGAGGGCCAAGGAGUCAGAAAGCACUAUGGUGGUGGAGACUGGAGCCACUGAAGAGCAGAAGGUGAUCAGUGAUCUCAGACCGUACUCCCACUAUACCCUGGCCGUCACUGUUUUCAACAGCAAGGGCGAGGGACCUGCAUCUGAGACGCUGUCCUUCAAGACUCAUGAGGGAGUUCCUGGUCCUCCCUCGUCCCUGAUGCUGGACAGCCCAUCAGAGACAGAGAUGACCCUCCACUGGAUGCCUCCUGCCCAGCCUAAUGGAGUCCUCAUUGGAUAUCUACUGCAAUACCAACGGAUUGUGGAGAGUGAUGACAGCCCCAUGCAGGUAGAGACAAUAGACGAUCCCACCGUCACCCACCUCACCCUCAAGAGCCUGGACCAUCACAGCCACUACCGCUUCUACCUGAGGGGGCGCACUGCUGCUGGUGACGGAGAGCCCAUCAUGAGGGCGGGUGCCACCACGCUGGAUGGAGAGCCUCCUGCUAACAUCAACCUGUCUGUGGGGGAAAACUCAGUUAACCUCAGCUGGGUGGCCAAAAAGAGACACAGGAAUCUUAGCUUUCAGAUCCACUACCUCAAAAAAGAUGAUGGCAGCAAAUGGAAGAAGACAGAGAGGGUGAACUCCUCUCAGUCUUUCUACCAGCUCCAGGGCCUGACUCCUGGCUCUCAUUAUCAUCUGCGCUUCACCUAUAGCAACACCACCUUCUUCGAGACUGACAUUGAGACAGAAGGAACAGGAGUGACGGAGGUGCAGCCAAGCUUUGCAACACAGGGCUGGUUCAUUGGCAUUGUGAGUGCCAUCGUUCUGCUACUGCUGAUACUGCUCAUCCUCUGCUUCAUCAAGAGGAGUAAAGGUGGAAAGUACUCAGUGAAAGAUAAAGAAGAGGGUCCGAUGGACUCAGAGGCUAGACCUAUGAAAGACGAGACUUUUGGAGAGUACAGAUCUCUAGAAAGUGAUCUUGAGGAGAAGCGCACGGCCAGCCAGCCGUCCCUGUGCGAGGAGAGCAAGCUGUGCAGCGAGGACAACCUUGACUUCAACGGCAGCAGUGCCAUAACCACGGAGCUCAACAUGGAUGAGUCUCUGGUCAGCCAGUUCAGUCGGCCCAGCGAGGGUCCAGAGGCGAUCCAUAGCCUGCCAGACAACUCCCCGCUCAACCCCACACCUGUCUCCCCAGCCACCAAUGGCAUACCCACCUCAGUCACCAUUCUCGAUUAACCCCCACACAUCAACCGGGGACCAUCAGACCAAAACAUGUCAACACAUAUGUGCCCAUAUGCUCUUGUUCCUUACUGACUUGCUGAUCUGUACUUUGACGACUAAUACACAAUCAAUAUAUUGACUAUUCAGGUGCCCCUUGGCGGUCAUCUGAUCGACUGGACUAUUUUGACCAAAGGAGUGUCCAAAGUAGUGGACAAUGUGAUACAAAUCUGACUGACCUGAAGAUGUCCUUUGAUUCCCUUACCUUCGUUUAUCUGUGUAGUGUACAACAAAUCUAAACGACUAACAUUCAUUUCUCUCCCUUUCAUCUCUUUCUCCUUCUCUCAGUAACCAACUCUAUAGAAAGAUAACGACAGAAUGCUGUACAGGUAGAAAUAUCAGAGGGACGGUAGGUGUGGUCGUUUCAGAUGGAGAGUAGUACAUUGAAAGAGGAGGAAGUUGUGUCAGGAAACAGACAGCACAUGCUGUUGUAACAAGUCUUGAAUCUUAGAUAUUUAUCAUGUCUUGACUUAUUUCGCACAUGAUUUUUUAUGUCUAACACCAUUUGAUGUCUCUCUUGAUAACUGCCAUUUUUAUUUUUAUCGUUUUUUCAUAUAGUGUUCUUCACUAUUUAUAUAAAACUCAUAACUUCUCUUUAUUGACAUAUUUCAUAGAUCAAGAUUUUUUUUUCAUUGAAACUAAGUGAAGCCAAGUUUCUUACUAUAAAUAACAUUGGAUGCAUUAAGGGGAACUUGCCGUGAAGAUGCUGAGUAGCAUCUGGUGUAUAUAGCUGCAUCUACAUCUAUCUAUUUAGCCAUAAUACAGUAUUAUAGAUAUGUACAUGCUCCUUAUAUGUUCCUGUGCCUGCUGGGCCUGCAUAGAGCACCAGAUUGAUGUCAUUACUCUCUCGCCUUCCCACCAGAAGUGUAAAGUCAUUAUUGGAUAUGAUAUUGUAAUUUUUUGUGUCGAGACCUAUGUGUAGCUUUCUGUAUCUGUCUUUGUCUCUUUCUACACUGUAUUAAAAACAUUUUUGUCUCUAAUUAACAAUCUUUUCAUACCUGUUCAUCUCAUACUACGCAAAUUGUCUGAGGAGCAGUAUUUAUGUAUAUUACAGAUUAGAGAGUGGAGUCUUGUGGGCAAACACUCUCUCAAGUUUUAUUUUCAGAUCCUCAUUAAUGCAAGUUGAUAUUGCAGACAGGCGUAAUGAUUGCCAGUUGAUGUAUAAUAAAGGCAAACAGUUGGUGAUUGCAUCAAACAGCGAAUGUAUUCUUUUUAUGGCUUGGUAGACAUUCUAUCUACAUGCUACUGAUAAAAAAAACAAAAACAUCUGAGCUACAAGGUACUGGAGAGAGAAGAGUGGGUAUGAGAAGAUGUGGAAGUACAGUUUUUUUUCUCCACUGAAUGUAAAUACAACCAUUAAAGAUUGUUUUGAUGAAUCCAGCCAUGUUUGAUAAAAAAUGUGAAAAAUGUGCAGGUUUAAAAUCACUUAAUUUUAAAAUGUUGCAAGCUGUAAUUUUUUCUUCUUUGUACUAUUGCUAUGAAUUCAAACUUUCCGUUUUUGACAAAUGACUGCAGUGAGAUUUGGCUGUUUUAGCAGAAAUAGCUCAUAGUUGAGGACAGAAAAAAAAAGAAAAUGGAAGAAAUCCACGUUGUUCUGUAGAUGUUUUCAAACAUUUCAAAAUUUGAAAAUCAAAAAAUUGUACUUUAGUGUAAUUUAGUGAUAGAAAUAGUUACAUUACAAUGAAAGCUAAGAUUGCAUUCAUGCCCAUAACAGUCCAGCAAUGCAUUGCAGUGAAGUGAAUAUCUGUGGAGUUUUUGUCUGAUGCAGUUAUGAGAGGCAGGGAUGCAGCGACCCAGUUUGUGCAUACCACAGGGAGCAGCUAUAUGCAAUGUUGCUGUCUCACUUCUCCCUACUCAAAUAAAGGCUUGACACUGGCCAAAUAUCAUCUAAUAGUCCCUGAGGUAAAGGUUAUGGGAUGUCUAAAAUGGCUAGUGUGUGUAAGCUCCCUGUUGUUGGUUAUACAGACACACUCAGGACAAAUAAAGGUUUUAGAAAUCUAUUUUCAUACAGGAGUGAUGAAUGACACAAAAUAUGCCAAUAUUCUAACUUGACUAUCUGCUGCUAAACAUCUGUGUUUGUCAGUGUUCGGGGCAAAUGUUAGCUUUGAAUGAGGAAUGAGUGUACACACACAGAUACUCACUCGACUGCCACUCACUCUUUGCUUUUCAUGUGUCGAGGGGGAAAGCCGGGGACACUGGCAUUUUUUUCCCACCAUUGUUUUUCCCCCCUUUUUAUAGUUAAAAGAUCAAAACCUUUGUAAAAAGUGAACUGGUUUGCUUAGAAAAGCUUCUUCAUAACCCAGAAAAACAGCGUUUAAACAACAACGCCAGCCAGAGGGGAGGGGUGAGAGAAAAUAGGGGAGGAUGGAGGGGUAGGGAGUGUGUGUCCCUGCUUGGGUGUAGAUGUGCCUCUUUGUGGUGUGUGGGGUGCACAAUUAGCAUAAUGGGACUGAUGGUAUCUAUAUGUAUUAUGGGCGAACGUCAGGAGUUGGGUGGAAUUGUACCACAUGUGGGGCCAAUAUAACUGUAACUGCAUUAUGAAUCUAACACUGUAACUGGUUAUAUGACU